GUAAGGCAUCGUACCAGUGGCAGAUCAUGCAGGCGUCGGGUGUUCCGGAGGACGAGAUCAAACUAUUUGCUGACCCCCAACACUGGCUCAAUUACUUCCCACCACACGCCAUCGCCGAUCUUAAGGCGCUGGGCUUGAAGGCUGAUUGGCGACGGUAUAUGUGUUAA